AUGAAACUUUCACUCUUCCUCUCUGCUAUCGGGGCUUCGGGUGCCUUGGCAGACUUUACCGUCUUCAUGACACAUCACACCUCUCCAGCCAGCGACUUUAAGAACUACCAAGUCCACGAUGGAACUCCUCGAACAUGGGCCGAGAUGAAAAAGUCUAUGCGCUGGGCUGAGAAGUCAGAUGUCAGCGGUAGAAAGGUCGGUGUUCGUUGCAAGGGAAGUGGCUGCGGAUACAUGGGUCCAGUCAGCAAUAUUGAACAGCUCGAGAUGCACUUUACCAACAACCCUCUCUACCAUUGGACUAUCUACAAGGACCGCAACUGGGGCAUGUAUGGUCGCGAUGGUGUUAAAUAUGGCGAUUGCCAGAUUACUACCGGUAAUGACUUUACUGUCAUUAAUGAGAACGACAAGGUUGUCGGUCACCGCAAGUUCAGGUGCCGCUCGCGCUUCACUGCUCAUCAGAUCAACCAAGGCAGCAGGAGUUAA